AUGCACAACAUCGAAACCUUCGAGCUCAUCAAAUGGGUGAACGACCAUUUCCCCAACACGCUCUACAGCUUCUUCGGCUCUGCUCCUGUUGCUCUGACGCUUGAGAGUCUUGUCUCCCUGUCGACUGACCCAGAAACCACCACCAGAAAUCUAGAAUCGCUCAAUUCACUUUCUUUAGAACUCCCUACCAGUUUUAUAAUCCGUAAAUCCAUCGCUACGGCUAUAUUCAGCGACACUGACGGUGUCACGACAGAGCAUGUCCUAACGACUGCGGGCUCCACUGGGGGCAAUGCGGUGGUCAUGCAGUCACUGUUGCAGCCCGGAGACCAUGUUAUCGUGCAGUACCCCACAUUUGGCCAAUUGCUAGCGAUUCCAAAGGCACUUCCUGGCGUGAAUGUUUCAUUGUGGAAAAUGGACCCCACGAAGGGCUGGGAUGCAGAUAUUAAUGAGCUGGAAGCCCUCGUUCAGAAAGGCAAAACCAAGUUGCUUGUCUUGAACAACCCGCACAACCCUACCGGAUCUUCUCUCACGGGUAAAAGACGACGCCAGAUUGUGGAUAUAGCCAAGAAAUACAAUAUCUGGUUACACGUGGACGAGAUUUUCCGCCCUCUCUUUUACGACUCCGAAGUUGAUUCGUCUUCGUUUCUAGAGUUUAGUGAUGAAUACCCCCAAAUAGUUGUUACCGGGUCAUUAAGCAAAGCCUGGGCCCUAGCGGGCCUCCGAGUCGGCUGGGUUGUCACCAAAGAACGGCGCGCACUUCGGGCUUUCCACAACAUGGCCAAGUAUCUAUCUGGCGAAUGUGGCGCUCUUGACGAAGCCAUCGCCGUCGAGGCCUUGUCAUCUCGUUGUAGGGGUAAUAUUCUACAGAGACAACUUCACCAAGCACAGACCAACAUAUCAAUCCUUGAAAAGUUCGUGCAGCGUAAUGUGCCAAAGGUAGCAUGGACAAAACCUACCUCUGGUGCAACAGCCUUUGUACAAUUUCGCAAAGAUGUCGAUAGGCCAGUGGACGAUAUCGACUUCUGUGAAAAACUAAAAGCCGUGAAAGGUGUUUUAUUGGUACCUGGAAGCUUGUGUUUCGGAGAUGGGUCAAAGGAAACCGGUGGGCAAGCAGGACAGGACAUCAAGGGGUUUGUGCGCUGGCACUUGACGGGGAGUACCGAGGUCAUGGAGAAGGGGAUCACUGAAAUUGAAGCAUUUUUGAAUGACGGAUUUGAUAGAGUCAAAGCUGCACCGCAGUUACCCCAUGUUUCUCGACUUUGA